UGCGCUGCAGAGUCGGGCCGCCGGUGCACGCUCGCCUCGACGCUGCCCGAAAGGUUCGCAUGGAUGCCGUCACCGAGGGCUUCGGCACGCGCUGACGGUCGUACAACGGGCGGCACCCGGCCGCCGGACUUCGGCCGCUGUGCAUGGGACCACCUCGUGAAUUAUGGAAUACUUCUGGGAGAAAGUGAAGAUGGCUCGACCCCAGAAGAGCGAAGAGAAUCCCAAGUGCGUACUGUCCAAGCCAACCAGCGGCCGGACGAAGAGAACCUCAAAAGCGUGGUAUCUGCAGUGUCCGUCGGCGAAGUUCAUCGAGAAGGUUUUCUUCUCGCGGCCACUGAAGAUUCGACAAGAGGCGAACGAAGGACUCGCAGACUUUGGCCAGAGCGACUUCGUGCUGGACUGCCUGGAAUGGCACAACAGGUUUCGCAUUCAUCACAGGGCUCCUCCGCUCAGGUUAUCUUACAAGCUAUGCAAUCUCGCUCAAUACUGGGCAAACCAUUUGGCUCACACCAACGACUUCCACUACAAGAAGUUCGAAGGCCUUGGGGAGAACCUCUUCUGCCGCUGGUCUUACGUUCCAAACUUUGACGUUACAGGAGAGCAAGUAGCCAAAUACUGGUACAGUUAUGUCAAGUACUACAACUUCUACCAGGAGCCCUCACUGUUACAUGUACAGGCAGGCCACUUCAGCCAAAUGGUAUGGCUCCGCAGUACGGACUUCGGCGUGGGCCGAGCAAGCACCCGUCAAGGGAAAAUCAUAGCCGUGGCCAUGUACAAGCCAGCAGGGAACAUCAUUGGAGAAUUCCAUCAUAAUGUCCUCCCGCCUAUUCUUCCGGACAGCUCGGACGACGGGAGCGUGACCGCGCCAUAUGGUCUGGUACCACCAUCUCCACGGAUGCCUCUCAACAGAAUGACGUGUCCGGCGCAGGGUUCCCCUGAAGAGCCCAUGUGAUAUCAAGUGUGUCCUUAGUAAAGUGUCUCUGGUAGAGGAACAUGUACAAGGGGGUUUCCCCUGAAGAUCCCCUGUGACCGCAAGUGCACCUUGGAGAAACGCACGUGUGUGGUAGAGGAACGUCUACAGUGAAACAUAGCGUUUCUGCCACAGGGUUUCCCUGAAGGGCCCAUGUGAUUUUGAGUGCGUUUCUGCGGAGGCGUAUGUGGUAGUGGAACAUGUACAAGGGCCUCCUGAAGAGCCCCUAUGAUUUCAACAGUGUCUUCUCCGAAGUGUGUGUGGUACUGGAACAACAAAAACAACAUAUAUAAUGAUGAUGAUGAUGAAUGGGGAAAUUCGCCACGUGAGUAGUGGAACAUCUACAGUGAAACAUGGCAUUUUUGCCGUAGAGGUUCCCUGAAGAGCCCAUGGACGUGAUUCAAGUGUGUCUCUGAAGGAGUGCUUGUGGUAGUGGAAUGUGUACAGUGGAACGUGCCGUGUCCAUCACUGAGUUCUCCUGAAAUGAACAGCCCAUGUGACAUGAAGUGUGUUUUUAGGAUAAGUGUGUGUGGUAGCGGAACAUGUACAUGACAUAGUGUUCCUUCUGUACAGGAUUCUUCUGAAGAUACCAUGUGAUAUGAAAUAUGUUUUUAGAGAAGGGUCUGCGGUAGUGAGACGUGUGCAGUGAGAUAUGCCACAAGGUUCUCCCUUUCAUCUGAAGUGCGUAUCUAUUUCCAGGAGUGUUUGUGGUAAUGGAACAUGUGCGCUGGGACGGUGCGGGGUCUUUCGGGGUGGCUUUUGCAGAACAUAAUGGACAUUCAACCACACCCCUGUGAUAGCAUUACCGUGACUACAAGUAUAACACUAGAGAAUCUGCCUCUGAUAAGUGCCACUCUUUUUCUUUUUUUUUCGAAUCCAUACUUCAUACAGGGAAUGCGGCCGAAGCCCUAAUGCCUGACCACAUCGCUAAAGGAACUAGGGCACUCUUUGCGCAUGAACCAUUCCUCUACAGGGUAUGGUCCGGAAACACAAGUGUACCCAUGGGACUACAGCCAGAAGAAUUUUUAUUUUUCACUUUACACUUUGUCAUUAUUUCGGCGCAUUUUAAAAACAAUAUGAUACGAGUUCGCGACAUUUACCUAACUAUAAAUCAAAAUGUAUCUGUUUAGCUGGCAAUCUUCUCAAAUUGUAACCGAGGUCAAAGUCAGAGAAACAGAAAACAUUUACUUAUUCAUCGUAGCCCUGUACCACAACUCAUCAAACUCUGACGUCACUGCACGUCUCAGAAAGUGAGGCAGCGCGGAAGAGGUCACGUGCCUACGAGAACCAAUGGCGAUGGCCGAAGCUCUCGCUCUUGUGACGUCAGAGCCUGACGGGGGCGUGUCUUUGACUGUUUUUUUCUUUUUUUUUCUCGGCAAGCGCGACAAAAUGGUUUUUCUUUUUACUCAAUACUCUGGCAUACUCUGGCAUGCUGUACAAUGCGUACAUUACGCAAUCGACACAGUCUAUCAAAGUAUCAGAACGCCUUUACGCACUUUUUACAUAUAGCCUAACGGAGGAAGGUGCAUGCACUGUAUAACAUCGAAAAACUAGCCGAGCAAAUAUACGCCUUCGUAGCGUGUCCGUCUACUAAUCCCAAGGUUGCGGGAACGAUCCCAACCGAGGACGCUAGCGACAUGGUGGCAGGGUGGCGUCGCUCAUCAUCGUACAGUCAGAGCUUCAUCGCAUAGCAUGCUCUGCGCGAGCCAUUGCCACGAAGGAUAGGGUUAUGUCGUUUCUGCUUCGACGACAGAGGGGCGUACGCCUUUUUGGUGGCACAUAGCAUAUAGCAGACAUAUGUCGGCACAGUUCCCUUAGAAGUCGGCCCAGGACGCACAUUCCCCCAGGGCGUCAGUCGUGACGUUGCCUACCUCUGUGAGGCCGACAACGGCGAGCCCUUCCACCACCACCACCGUGGCAAUUGUCAUACAAUCCGAAGUGACAUAAAAAG